AUGAAGUCGUCCGACAUAUUCUUUGCAUACCGUCUCACCCCCGUUGUUUUUAAGAGUCGACAGCAUGACAGCGGUGUGAACCAAUAUGGUUUGAAACCCACAAACGCCUACGAUUACAUCAACCCGACGAAUCUUAUUAACUUUGGACGUGGUACAACUUUUGACAAUUUGGGCGUAAGGCGUGCGGGUCGCGGUGAGAUUGAUUCCUCCCCGUCCCACAGCGGCUCACCGGUAUUCACACAAGCGAAACUCAUUGGCCUCAGUGGAGAGGAACAGUUGACGAUGUGCCAAUCCGAGACGAUGGCACUUCGGUUGUGUAUGGCGAAGGCGGGAAAAGAGACCUGCGAGCGAGAGAGUCGGGCUCUGGAUUCAUGUCUUGGGCGGGUUGGACACCUACGGCGGGCAAUGAGUGAGGCGUGUUGGGAGUUCAACGACUGGUUCAUACAAAACGUGUCAGAUAACCACACAAAACCGUUUCAACACCGACCGCACGACUGGCGGCACUUUUACGCGCAGGAAAAACUUGUGCGAGAGCGGCAGCAGAAUGGUCAUGCGUAUGGGCGGAGACCAAAACAAUUCUCGUUUGGCGCACGCUACGUGAAGACUGAUGGUUAUGGCAAGCGACCCCGUCUGCCGUACAACAAGUAA